ACGAGAUUCCAAAGCACUAGCUCGUGUUCUCGAGGCGCUCUAAAUUUUUUUUCUUUCAGGUACUUCCCUUUCUUAGCACAUGCGAGAAUUCUCAUGAUGCCUUUUCAUUUACUGAUUUCUUCUGCUUUCCUUGCCGCGACCCGCUUUCCGUCACGUGUCGCAGCAGUUACGAGAUUAUUGCCGGUUCGAGCCGUGAGAAUGACGGACAGAAUCGUCGCCCGCAUCAAAAGAUUGCUUCCUGGCCGCGGCACGGUGCCCAAAGUCCCAGGCCCAGAAGCCGGCUUUGACUUGCGCGAAGAAUACGCCAGCGCCUUUCGCACGGAAUCGUACGACGAGUUCUGGGCACGCGUCCUCGCGCUCUCCGACGACGAUCCACCCCCGCGCGACCCGGCCGGGUCGACCACCGCGGUUCGGCUCCCCUCCUACCGGCUCUUCGCCGAGCACCUCCUGGAGCCGGACCAGCCCGCCGUCAUACGGAUCCUCGACCUGGCCCGUAUCCGACCCGCGCAGAAAUCCCUCUUGGCGGAGUACUUCGCCGAAACCGGCAGAGCCUCCCUCCUCUGCGGCGCCUUGCUGAAGGACGUCGACCGAACGCGGGUCCAAUGUCGCUCCCUCAAAUCGGCCCUUCAAGCUCUCGGCAUCUCCCAAUCCGGAUCCUUAAACCAAUCCCCCAGCAUCUCAAUCCGCUUAACCGAAUUUUCGAAUUUCGAAAGCCCGUUAACCCUGUCUUCCUCUUCUACUACCCAAAUUCAAUCCACCCAAGUUGGUUGCGCGAUGUUGUUGAGCCGGCUCGAGUCGAGCCGUAACAAAGCGAAAGCCAAGCUCAAGACCAUCAAUAAACUCCGGCACGGCUCGGCUACAUUCCUUAUAGUCGUAACCGCUUCACUGACUAUAAUCGUCAUGGCUCAUGGUCUUGCGAUGCUGGUGGCCGCACCGGCUAUAGUGGCUGCUUCGUUCGAAAUGGCUUCGGCCAAGAGCUUUAAAAAAGUCUUGGCUCAAUUGGACUCGGCUGCCAAAGGGACCUAUAUACUGAAGAGGGACAUGGACACAAUUAGCCGGCUCGUGACUCGGAUUAACGACGAACUCGAGCACACGUGUGCGAUGGUUCGGUUUUGGCUCGACCGUGGAGACGACAAGAUCCAAGUCGGCGGAAGAGCGACCCUCGGCGAAAACGAGUGCAACUUCGUCGAGCAGCUUGAUGAACUAGAAGAGCACUUGUACUUGUGCUUCAUGACCAUCAACAGGGCACGAAAUCUUGUUGUGAAAGAGCUUUUGGGUCCAAGUUAAAUUAAACUAGUCCGAUCCUCUAUAUUAAUGGAAUAGUCAAUUUGGAAUCAUUGGCCAGAUUCAUCUUGGUAUCA